AUGUCGGAAGAAAUUGGACCACAAAUUCCAGCUCAUUUACGUAAUGAGGAGAGAGCAUCUGUACCAGAAAUUGGUCCGCAGUUAUGUGACUCAAUUGAGCGAUCUUCUAAACACGAUUCUGAGGUUUCCGAGGAUACUCCUAUUGAUCCAAUGUUACCUCAAGGAAGAGCGUUACCUAAUUAUAAAAAGCGUGUAAUUGGCCCUGCAGUAAUGCCUCCUCCGGGAUAUAGUCACCAAGAAGAGAAAGAAGAAGAAGACAUAAUAGGUCCAAUACUUCCGAAGGGUUUUAAAGAAGGGAGCGAUGACAGUAAUUUACAAAAAACAAUUCAAGAAUUUGAGGAACGAGCAGAGAAAAUGCGCAAAGCUCUUGAACCAAAUGAUCAAGGCGAUAAACCUUUACAACGUGGAGAAUGGAUGUUGGUGCCACCGGAAACAAAAUUUCUAGGAGAAACUCCAACUAAUAUGCGAUCACGUCAAUUCAAGAAGAAAACACAAGAUCCAAGUAACAGCGAUAAUUCACUUUGGACGGAGACUCCUGCUGAAAGGGAAGAAAGGCUGAAAAAACAGGCAACUUCUAAUCAAAAAAGGAAACAUGCCAAAGAUGAAGAUGAUGAACCAAUAAAAUAUACUCGCAUUGACUUAGAAACGGCAGAAAAAGUGAAGGAAUAUAACGAAUUGUAUCGGCCAAAAUCUCUUUUGGAGACGCAUUCUGAAAAUUACGUUAAAUCACGUAAAUGGCAAGAUGAUGACGCAAGUAAACGAUCUUUUGAUCGUGAAAAAGAUGUAUUAGGUACACGUCGUAUGGAUUCGCGCAAGCGCAAAGAGUUCUUGGACAAUGCGAAAGGAUUAGGUUCAAAAUUUGGGCACGGUAAACAUGGAUCGUUUUUGUAA